CGGCUCCCCACCCCACCUGACCCGACCCGACCCGAACAAAACGGGUCUCUGUGCACCCUAAAUUCACUCCUUCUCUUCUCUUCAAAUUACUUCUCCGGUGGUCUAAUGGUCUCUUACUGUUUGUGCUCACAAUUCACAAGCAUCAAUUACAUUUAAUUCAUUCAUGCCCUUCCCACUGCCACUGAUUUAGUUGAAGAAGAUAGCUAUGAGUCUUUACAUGCCCUUAUUCAGGUCCUGCACCACCAUAAGAACACUUGUCCAACUUCAUGCCCACCUCUUUGUUUCUGGUCUACACAAAGACCCACAAGCUUCAACCAAGCUAAUUCAGUCCUAUGCUCAAAUGGGUUCCCUUCAAUCCUCCAAACAAGUCUUUCAAACCUUCCCCAACCCAGAUUUUUUCAUGUGGGGUGUGCUUAUUAAAUGCUAUGUAUGGAACCACUUAUUUAAAGAAGCCAUUGCUUUGUACCAUAAAAUGUUGUACCUUAGAAUCCAUGUCAAUAGAUUUAUAUUCCCCUCAGUUUUAAGAGCCUUUUCCAGUUUUGGUGAUGUGGACUGUGGUGGUAAGCUCCAUGGGAGAGCAAUCAAAUGUGGAUUUGAUAAUGAUGGUAUUGUUCAGACUUCGUUGCUCCUUAUGUAUGGGGACUUUGGGUGCUUAGAUAAUGCUCGGAAGGUGUUUGAUGCAAUGUCGGUGAGAGAUUUAGUUGCGUGGAGUGCCAUGAUUGAAUCUUGCGUGGAGAACGGAAUGGCAAAUGAAGCCUUGGACUUGUUUUGUUGGAUGGUGUUUGAAGGUGUUAACCCGGAUUCGGUCACAAUGCUUAGUGUGGUUGAUGCUUGUGGUGAUUUGCGGUCUUCAAGGCUAGUCAAAUCGGUCCAUGGUUACAUUGUGAGAAGGAACAUGAAAACUGAUGGGUCCUUGGAUAGUUCUCUAAUUACCAUGUAUGGCAAAUGUGGAGAUUUACAUGGUGCAGAGAUUCUUUUCCGAAAUGUUACUCAUCCAACUACUUCUUCUUGGACUGCAAUGCUUUCCUGCUAUAAUCAAUCUGGUUGCUUCUACAAAGCUAUUGAUAUUUUCGUGAAAAUGCAGUUGAUGAUAGUUGAGCCGAAUUCAGUAACCAUGAUGAGUGUUCUACGUUCUUGUGCCAAUUUAGGUCUGCUCAAAGAAGGGAAAUCAAUCCAUUGCUUUGCUAUUAGAAAAGCUGUAGACUUUGAUAUUCUAAAGCCAACAUUACUAGAGUUAUAUGCUGAUUGCAGGAGACUAAGUGACUGUGAGAAGAUUCUUCUUACAACUGGGGAGAAGAAUAUUGUGCAGUGGAAUACACUUAUUUCGAUUCUUGCUCGCAAGGGUCUUUUGGAGGAGGCAUUAUUAGUUUUUAAACAGAUGAUAACAGAAGGACUAAUGCCAGACUCGUAUAGCCUUGCAAGUUCCCUCUCAGCUUGUGGAAAUGUGGGCCAAUUACAUCUUGGACAUCAGAUACAUAGUCAUAUCUUAAAAAGAAGCUAUUUUGACGAGUUUGUCCAGAAUUCGUUAAUUGACAUGUACUGCAAAUGUGGUAUUAUGGAUUCAUCAUACAAGGUAUUUGAUAAACUUAAGCAGAAAAGUGUAGUGGCAUGGAAUUGUAUGAUCUGUGGAUUUUCCCAGAACGGUUACUCAUAUGAAGCAAUCAGUCUUUUUGAUCAAAUGUACUUUGACCGUCUUCAAAUGAAUGAAGUGACUUUCUUGUUAGUAAUCCAAGCUUGCUCCGAAUCAGGUUACUUAGAAAAGGGGAAAUGGCUUCACCACAAGCUCAUAACAUGUGGUAUGAACCAAGAUACGUAUAUUGGUACUGCUCUAACUGACAUGUAUGCUAAGUGCGGGGACCUCAAAACUGCUCGCAGAGUUUUUGAUAGCAUCUCCGAAAGGAGUAUUGUGUCAUGGAGCGUCAUGAUUGCCGGGUAUGGCAUGCAUGGUGAGAUCAAUGAGGCCAUAACACUCUUUGAUCAGAUGAUGGAAUCGGGAAUUAAACCGAAUGAUGUUACAUUUAUGAAUGUUUUAUCAGCUUGCAGUCAUGCAGGCUCUGUCGAACAAGGAAAACUAUAUUUCAAGAUGAUGAAAAAUUUCGGUAUUGAGCCAAACACUGAGCAUUUUGCUUGUAUGGUCGAUCUUAUGAGUCGAGCUGGUGAUCUUUAUGGAGCAUAUGGUGUUAUCAAGUCCAUGCCAGUGUUUGUGGAAGCUAGCAUCUGGAGUUCCUUGCUUAAUGGUUGUCGAAUUCACCAAAGAAUGGAUAUGCUUAAUAAUAUUCAAAAAGACAUUUCGGACAUAAGUAGUGAUGAUCCUGGAUACUAUACUUUGUUAUCUAACAUAUAUGCUGAAGAAGGAAACUGGGAUGAAUUUGGGAAGGUGAGAUCAAGGAUGAAACAUAUUGGCCUGAAGAAGAUUCCGGGAUACAGUACAAUUGAGCUUGAAAACAGAACUUAUCGAUUUGGAGCUGGAGAUGUUCCUCAUCCAGACAUCAAGGAAAUCUGUAGUUUUUUAGACAACUUCAAGUGUCUGGCACAGGGACAAGAUUUUGUAGCAUAGAAUACAAUGGCACAUCAUCUUACAUUUACAUAUUCUCUUAGGACAAUAUAGCUAUGAAGUUUUUAAAGCUGCCUAAUACAUUCCAGCAAUAAACCAUUCACAUACUCGAAACCUUCACGCUCUGAAGCUUUUCUCUACCUUGACUGCCACCGCCUGAAGAUUGCAACCCCUGAGAUUUUUUCUUUCUUUCUCCUAUAUAGAGUCCGGAUCAGAUCUAACCCCUCCUUCCUCCUCUAGCAGCCCACUUAUCCAUGUAUUUUUUUUUUGUUUUCAGUCUCUCUCUCUCUGUUAAAUUGUUAAUAACUUAGUAAUGCAUUGUUGCUGUUUGUAAUGUGUAUAUCUGGUUUGGAAUCAAAAUAGGGUAGAAUUUUGUUUUUGUUGUUAAAAAAUGGCAUGGUUGAAAAAAAAGAGAGAAAAAAACAUGGAAACAUAUAUCACAUCCUUGAAUGAAAUGGUUAUUUUAUUACAUAAGAAAAUCCUCAAUAAUAAUACAGUACUAUUGAUACUUUAUGAGUUGUGUUUCCUUAAUUAAACUAGAUAGGUCCUGAUCUCAUGUAUUCAAAUAUAAGAUGAUACUAAUAAUCAUUUGAUUGUUUUCUCUACUAGGAUUAUUCUUCUCAUUCUGAAGAUGUCAAAGUAUUUAAAGAUGUUAAAUCAUUACAUGAAGAAUAAAGAUUGUU